GCAAACUCCUCCUGUGUAUUUUGGGACUUCACUCAGAAUGGUGGCGGAGGAGGCUGGAGUUCUGACGGCUGCUUUGUUGUCAAUGCCACAAAGGAAGAAACAACCUGCAGCUGCAACCAUCUCACAUCAUUUGCCAUUCUGCUGGAUUUAUCCAGAGAGGGAAUAAUUGACCGUCAGCAUGCGCAGAUUCUCACGUUCAUCACCUACAUCGGCUGUGGAAUCUCUGCCAUUUUCCUCGCCGUCACCUUACUGACAUACCUUUCAUUUCCAAAACUGCUGCGAGAUAUUCCUGCUAAGAUCCUGGUUCAGCUCUGCCUGUCCCUCCUCUUCCUCAACUUGGUCUUCUUAUUGGACGGCUGGCUGGCGCUCUACCCGGCAAUCGGGCUGUGCAUUAGCACGGCCUUCUUCCUGCACUACUUCCUGCUGACAUCAUUCACCUGGGCAGCGCUUGAGGCUCUGCACAUGUACCUGAGCAUCGUGCGGGUGUUUACGCCUUACCUCAGCAGAUACAUGCUCAAGUUCUCACUGAUAGGCUGGGGUAUUCCUCUUCUUAUUGUGAUCAUUGUAAUAGCUGUGGACAAAGACAACUACGGUCUGGUCACAUAUGGAAGAUACACAGACGGCACUUCAGAUGACUUCUGCUGGCUGCGUAACGACAUCGCCUUCUAUGUGGGCGUGGUGGCCUACUUCCUCCUGAUCUUCGCUCUGUGCCUGGUGGUCUUCAUCGUUGUCAUGGUCCAGCUGUCCCGCAUCAAGAAGCAGAACCCUCAGAACCAGCCUCCCAACAGGAGUGUGAUGACGGAUCUGCGUAGCAUCGCCGGCCUCAUCAUCCUGCUCGGCCUCACCUGGGGGUUCGCCCUCUUUGCCUGGGGACCGCUCUACUUACCCUUUGUUUACCUUUUCUCUAUAUUCAACUCUCUGCAAGGUUUCCUUAUUUUUAUCUUCCACUGUGCUGUGAAGGAGAACGUCCGCAGGCAGUGGAGAACUUAUCUUUGCUGUGGGAAACUGCGACUGGCUGAGAACUCAGAUUGGAGUCGCACAGCCACCCAGAACAACAGGAAUAUGUCGGUUACGACGGCAACCACCUCAGCUCCGCACCUCACCUCCCGAAGCUCCUCCGUUAUCAGUGAUGGCACCAAUAGUAGUGGUUCUGUGUUUGCGGACAGCGGAAUAUCUGACGGCACCAACAGUGACACUCUGCUCAACGAGAUCCACAGACGAAAUCUGUCACUGCAAGGCGAGGCCUGACAAGUGUGUCAAGCAUCCAUUUAUGAUUACAACAAUUAUUUACUCUGAGAGAGGCGAGGAGACACAGCUAGAGAUUAGUGAUCUCCUGCAUCUCGAGUAAACAAUGCAAAAAACUAAUCACAGGAGUGGAUGCUCACAUAAACCCUCAGUGUUACACAAGAUGAAGGUUUUACAGGUGUAAUGAAGGACGGAAGACUGAAGUACCUUUAGCGAGGAUGAUUAUUGCUUGAAUGCAACAAGUGUGACUUGAUGCCUUUUCUACAUUAACAGUAGAAUAAAUGAACACAGAAAUAAUGUAACAGACUUGUAAGCAGCGAGAGGUGUAAAGGUGUGUUUCUGACUGAAAAACUGAAUUAUUUCAUGGUUACAGUUGUGACUCAGUGUUUGUGUAGCUUGUUUCAAAGCUUUUAGUUAUUUCUAUAAACAUUAAAUAUGGUAGGAAUAUUGUUUUGAGCCUGCAAGAAAGAUUGCAUGUUAAAGAUACAAAAUUGCAUUUAAUUAGUAGCCUAAAAAAAACGUUGUUAACAUUGUAGAGAUUAUUGUGAAGCUAUUUUGUUUUUUUUUUCACACAAACAGAAAUGGAAAAUGAGGAUAAUCUAGUGUUUUUUCACAAUGCUAUACUAAUUGUUACCUCUAAAUGUUCACUAGAGAGUGCAGUUUUUUGAAGGGCUUCUCUAUGUUUAGUAGAGAUGAGGUGGAUUGAAAGAAAAAAGUGCACACACCAAAAACAAACUGCUCGAUCUUAAAGGGAUUAUUCUGCCUUUUUGAAGUAGGGAAGUUGGGUUGUAUUGACUAAUUAUCCAUAGACAGUAUAUUACAAACAGUAGCUGAGAAAAUUGAUGCAAUUAAUGAAAAUAAAAAAAAAUGAAAA